GGUUCUAGCUCCGUUUCGAAGAACACGCGUUCCUGAGUGCGACUGCCUCGGAGGUGCUCUAAUCUUAACAAACGACACCCGCUUCACUUCUAGAGGCACGCCUUCCAUAUUCAUGCAUCCCAACGACUGAGACCGAUCCGAGUCCUAUGGACGUACAAGACACCGUUUCGAAUACGUAGACACUGCGACCGCGCAACACCAACGUUCCUCCGCACCUAACCACCGCCGGACCGAUGAUUCCGCUGGAAGAUGACUGCGAUGACUGCGUGCCAGAGUACAUGGUUGCAAGAGGACCAGUGAAGACGAUCAUCUCUGCGCUGCCAUUCCUCCUCACAUUCCUGGUGGUAGCGCUCGGGGUCUCGCAGAAGCUGUUCCCGAUACUCUCCGGCCACACCGACCGCAAGGCGCACCACAGCGAAGCACGACUGCCCGGAACGACCGCACGCGAGCGAUUUUCCCCACUCAGGAGCCUGCGAAUCAAUGCGCGAUCUCUCUCAGCGGUCGUCUUCUCGAUCAACAUGGCCCUUUCUGCCGUCCUCGCCGAGCUCAUCUUUUGCGAGAUCACCAGCACCGGGAAUCGCACCACGCGCACCCUAGCGCUCAAGCUUACACUCCCGUCGCUGCUGUUCCUACUCGUUGUCGCGACACCGGCGCUCGUAAUACAUUCGGUUGUGUCUGGAGCGGGACUGAAGACGGGAGGCGCGCAAGGUGGCCAGCGGAAGGCUGCCUGGAUACUGGAGGCGUGCGGUCUGGCAGCAUGGCUCGCGGCGUUCUGGUAUCUCGGCAGCGGGCUGUUGGGUACAUAUCUGCAUGAGGAGUCGUACGUGCACAACCACACCUUCAGCGAAGGUUGUCUUGAGAGGAUCGGUGUCAUCGGCAUAAGCAUGAUGGCGUCCCUGACAGGCUUCGCUGCAGUCUCAUCGCUGUGGCAGACCUUUGGCGUCAAAUAUCGACCCGUGUCUGACUCGGAUAUCACCCGCAAGCAAGCUGGUAUCCAGGCCACGAACGACAUGCUCCUCACCAAAGAAUCGCGUCUCCGCGCCAUCGAACGCAAACUCACCGACCACCCGCAAGAAGGCCUCAUGGGCCGUGUCGUAGGCACAUUCCGCGGCAACCCAGACCUCCAGGAGCGCAACAUGCUACAGCUCGAGAUCCAAGGCCUGGAAACCAUGCGCCACACGCUCCAGAAUGCGCAAUCCAUCCUGCAGAAUCGACGACAGACACAGCUCCGUUCACACACCGCGUACGGCCGGCUGCUGAACGCCUUCUCUUUCGUCUUCGCCCUAUACUGCGCGUACCGCAUAGCCGCUACAAGCAUCACAACACUGCGCCGCUUCUCGUCCUCAUCCGCCUCCUUCGCAUCGUCCGACCCAAUCAACAACUUCCUCGCCCUCCUCGCGAAGCACUGGGACCCCUCCCUCGACCGCGUGGCGUGGAGCCGCACCAUCUCGUUCCUGCUCUCCGGCGUCAUCUUGCUGCUCUCCUUCAACGCCGUGCUGCAGACCUUCUACCUCUUCUCCCGCGCCGCGCCGGGCGUGCUGCACCACGCCCAGGCCAACACCGCGCUGCUGGUCAGCCAGAUCGCAGCGACGUAUGUCAUCAGCUCCGCACUGCUGCUCCGGAGCAAUCUUCCCGUGGAGAUGAAGUCGGCCAUUAGCGAUGCUUUGGGGGCGCCAUUGGAGCCGAGCUUCACGGAGAGGUGGUUCGAGGGCUGGUUCCUGGCUGUGAGCGGUAUGACUGCAAUUGGAUUGUGGGCUGGUAAGAGACUCAAGGGGAGUGAGUGGGAUGAUGAUGGCGAGGCGGAGGGCGACGUUGAGAUGGGGAAGAGGAGCUGACAGUCGUGUUGCGAUGUAGCCACAAUACACGUAUGCAUAACGACUCAUGAAGCUUCUACGCAUUUCUGCAGAAAUAACUUCAUCUACUUGGCUUAGCUCUAAGUCCUCGACGCAGUUUAUCCGCACACAGUUGGCCUCUGAUACCAGUGUCGGUU